UUUGGCGCGAGCCAGCUCCGCGCGCGUUCACGGGCCGUUCCUCCUCCGGAGAGUCGUCCGCCCGGGUGUGGGGAGCCGUCGGCCGCAGACCCCGGCCCGUCUGACCGCCCCGAGGGCUCCCACCGCCUCCUCCGACCCGGAAUCUGGGACCUCGCUGAGCUGCGCCCCGCCUGCCUGCCCCAGGGUUUCCCCACGCCCACGGAGGUGAAUCAGCGGUGGCCCUGCCCGGGAGGAACUCGCAGUCUAGCGCGGUAGACCGUGGUCAGCAGGCGUGCGUGUCCGGCCUAGUGAGAGGGUGAGGCCCUCUGCUCGGGGCCAUCCUGGAUUCACCCGGGAGCCCCUGUUCCUUCCACCUCCCCUGUCCCACUCCCAAAGCUGUCUGGCCUGGCCAGUGGUGCUAGAACGUAAGUGACAUUGGGAUGGUCUGAGAACUGGUUUAAGAUGCAGGUGCCUGGUGUCCCCGAAUGUGCCAGGACUGGGCCUGGAGGCUGUACUUCUAACCAGCGCCCUAGGGGAUCCUGACACCCUGGUUCUUUACUUCGAGAAACCCUGGGAUGGGAUUCCUGAAGUGAAUAGAGCCAGAGGAAGGGUCCCCCCAGGAUGUAGGGUGCUCGUCGUCCCCACGUCUUCCAUGUUUAAAGCAGAACGUGUGUGUGGAGUAGACGCAGCUCCCUUCUGCAGCCUCUUUGGGGCCACAGGACCAGGCGCUGUUUGAGUGGACACACUAUUCUGUACUCUGCCCCCCAGGGCGUCCUGUGCUGGCCAUGCCUGUGCCCACAGAGGGCACCCCGCCACCCUUGAGUGGCACUCCUGUCCCAGUCCCAGCCUACUUCCGCCAUGCAGAACCCGGCUUCUCCCUCAAGAGGCCCCGGGGCCUCAGUCGGAGCCUCCCGCCCCGGCCUCCUGCCAAGGGCAGCAUCCCCCUCAGCCGCCUCUUCCCCCCUCGGCCCCCGGGCUGGCAGCAGCACCAGCCCCGGAGAGUGUCGUUCCGAGGCAAGGCCUCUAAGACCCUGCAGAGCCCCGGGUACGACCCGAGCCGGCCAGAGUCCUUCUUCCAGCAGAGUUUCCAGAGGCUUGGCCGCCUGGGCCGCGGCUCUUAUGGAGAAGUCUUCAAGGUGCGCUCCAAGGAAGACGGCCGUCUCUAUGCAGUAAAGCGCUCCAUGUCACCAUUCCGGGGCCCCAAGGACCGGGCCCGCAAGCUGGCCGAGGUCAGCGGCCACGAGAAGGUGGGGCAGCACCCGCGCUGCGUGCGGCUGGAGCAGGCCUGGGAGGAGGGCGGCAUCCUGUACCUGCAGACGGAGCUGUGCGGUCCCAGCCUGCAGCAGCACUGUGAGGCCUGGGGCGCCAGCCUGCCCGAGGCCCAGGUCUGGGGCUACCUGCGGGACACCCUGCUCGCCCUGGCCCACCUGCAUGGCCAAGGCCUGGUCCACCUUGAUGUCAAGCCUGCCAACAUCUUCCUGGGGCCCCAGGGCCGCUGCAAGCUGGGUGACUUUGGGCUGCUGGUGGAGCUGGGUGCGUCCGGAGCUGGCGAGGCCCAGGAGGGAGACCCCCGCUACAUGGCCCCUGAGCUGCUACAGGGUUCCUACGGGACAGCGGCAGAUGUGUUCAGUCUGGGUCUCACCAUCCUGGAAGUGGCAUGCAACAUGGAGCUGCCCCAUGGCGGAAAGGGCUGGCAGCAGCUGCGCCAGGGCUACCUGCCUCCUGAGUUCACUGCCAGCCUGUCUUCUGAGCUGCGUUCUGUCCUCGUUAUGAUGCUGGAGCCUGACCCCAAGCUGCGGGCCACAGCCGAGGCCCUGCUGGCCCUGCCUAUGCUCAGGCAGCCGCGGCCCUGGAGCAUCCUCUGGUGCAUGGCUGCUGAAGCCCUGAGUCGAGGGUGGGCUCUGUGGCAGGCCCUGCUGGCCCUGCUGUGCUGGCUCUGGCAUGGGCUGGCUCACCCUGCCAGCUGGCUGCAGCCUCCGGGCCCGCCAGCCACUCCGCCUGGCUCACCGCCCUGCAGCCUCCUCCUGGACAGCAGCCUUUCCAGCAACUGGGAUGACGACAGCAUAGGGCCCUCACUCUUUCCAGAGGCCAUCCUGGCCAGGGCUGCUGGGACCACCUCCACCCCCUGCAGUGGCUCCCCUGCCCCCCGGAGCAGGUACACGCUGAGGGAUGCCCUGGACCUAAGUGACACUGACUCCGAGCCCCCUCGGGGCUCCUUCCCCUCCUUUGAGCCUCGGAACCUCCUCAGCCUAUUUGAGGACUCACUGGGCCCAACCUGAGCCCAUGGGCCCAGGCUCCAUGCUUUUAACCUCUUACUCCUUCUCCCAUCCUCCCAGAGGCUUUGGUCCCUCUGGGAGCUCCAGUGGUCCCUUCUGCCUGGCCAUGUCUAAUAAAAAGUAUUUGAAUCUUGGGAGCA